CAAUCAGAUCAUGUUUUGUUGGCUGGCGAAUUGCAGAUGCCGGUCUGUAGGCUUGGGAGGAAUGCCUGUUUAUGCCAUGGAUCCCGUUAGGAAAGCUCCUAGUUGGGAAGCUAAUGCGGAAUUACGGCAUGUUACGAAUUACGGAAGAGUGGAUAGUAGAACUAAUCUGGAGCAGGAGAAACUAUCGGGAGUAGUAAAGAGUGUGCACCGGAAUCUCCGUAAGAAAUACAGAGAAGUGGGAGAUUUUGAUAAAAUUUGGCGUGAGCACUGCAAGGAUGAAGAAACCCUUAGUGAAUAUGCCUUAGCAAUGAAAAACCUAGCAGACCACCACUGGUCAAAGAAAUGUGAAGGAGAAGGGCGCAUUGAAUGGUGCCGUAGUGUUUGUCAAGAGUAUUUUGGGAAUGGUGGAAUGAAGAAAAUGCUGGAAAAGGAUGAAAAAAGUGCUCAUCAUGCUAUUACUGUAACCACAAAACUGACUCCACAAGUGACUCUCACUAGUGAUUCACCAAGGUCAGUUCAUCUGUCAGGAAAACUCAGGUUGUUGGAUGUUGGCAGCUGCUUUAACCCAUUUUUAAAGUUUGAUGAAUUCCUAACUGUAGGUAUUGACAUUGUGCCUGCAGUAGAGAGUGUCUAUAAAUGUGAUUUCCUGAAUUUGCAGCUACAACGACCACUCCAGCUUGCACAAGAUGCCAUCGAAGCCUUUCUCAGACAGCUAAAAAAUCCAAUUGAUUCCCUUCCUGGAGAGUUGUUUAAUGUGGUGGUAUUUUCCCUUCUACUUUCCUAUUUCCCUUCCCCCUAUCAGAGAUGGAUCUGCUGUAAAAAAGCACAUGAAUUGCUUGCAUUAAAUGGACUGCUACUCAUAAUUACUCCCGAUUCAUCCCACCAAAACCGUCAUGCAAUGAUGAUGAAAAGCUGGAAGAUUGCAGUGGAGUCAUUGGGUUUUAAAAGGUACAAGUACACAAAAUUUUCCCACAUGCAUCACAUGGCCUUUCGAAAAGUGUCUUUGAAAACAACCAGUGAUCUUGUGAGCAGGAAUUAUCCAGAGAUGUUGUAUAUACCACAGGAUUUUAGCAGUGCAGAAGAUGAGGAAUACUCUGAUAUUGCAGUCCCACCAAGGUCUGAUCUUGAAGAUGAUCAGAUAGCUUUCAGUUUCAUGGAGCUCCCUGAUAAUCCUUAUGACUCUGAUUCUGGAGAAAGCCAAACUGGAUCUGUACCUUUCUGUGAACUGGAAGAUCAUAUUUUACUUCAGACUUGAGUAACUCUAAAUGAGUAGAAAAUGCCUUUGUGUUUGAGCUGCUGCAUUGCCAAAAUAUUUCUGCUGUAUUUUCUUGUUCUGUGUGUUUAAACAAACAAAAAAGCACUUUGCACAUAAAAAGUUUACUAAGGUUAGGUUGUUUUUUAAUGUUUCUGUUAUUGUACAAUUAUAAGCAUAUGUGUGUUUGUAGACGAGUCUGAGUAAACAAUUGAAGAGUUUCACACAAGAAAUGCCCCAGACUACAGUGCAUGUUUAAUUCAGUUCCAUAAACCAUUAAAGUUUGGAAGAUGCAGAAUAAACUGGUUAAACACAGUGAUUAAGUACUGUAACAUGGGGACAAAAGUGUAGAACUCUUGAAAAACAGAAAAAUAUUUUAGUAGUUAGUGAACUUUGCAUCUAAAUGAAGCUUCAUGAAGAAGCUUUUUUGCUGCCUAGUCUUAGGCCAUAAUUACUUCUCUCCAUAAUUGAGAGAUUUGUCACAAAAGUUAUCUGGUGACAUUUUUUGAAGAACAAUAUAGUCUGUUCUUGAGCAGAUUUGUACUGUAUUGUCACUUUAUAAUGGGCAAUGCCACAUAAGCCACCAGUGUUUUUUGGCUGGGGAUAGGAGACAUUUUCAUCUUAAGGUCUACUAGGUUUUUUUCUUCAUUUAAUUCUUAAAAUGUCUUGUUGAGGUACAAUUGCAUAAAAUUAUAAUUCUAUGUAAUUAAUGUCACAGUAAGGCUGUUAAUUGCUUAAACUGUUCCUAAAACUGUUCCUAAUUUGCCUGUCAUUUUUAUUAUCACUUUAUGCAUUAUAUAUAUAUAUAUAUAUAUAUAUAUAUA